UGUGUAAAGUGUGAGGGGAAAGAGACGAGCGGAGGGGAAGGUCGGGCGCUGAUGCUGAUGGCGGGAUGAAGGCGCUGCAGGAUGAAGGCGAAGGGGAGAUGGAGUCGUUGAAACCAAAGGCUUCUGCAGCUCUCAGUCGGGAGAGCUGUCUGAAGCUAACUCCCCACAAGAAUCUGUGGCCAAUGGAUCAUCUUCAGGCUGAGAGGAUGCAGUGACUCUGGACACUGUGCCCAUCCAGAGGUGUCACAAGCACGCGUUGUUUUCAGCAGUAAAAUGAAAAGGGGCCGAUUGCUAAUGCCAGAUUCAUGCGGUUUUCAAGGUGGCUUAGAAGGAAGAACUUGAAUUUGACAGUGAACCAGGCCAUGGCAAGGGAAGCCUCCUUACUGUAGCCCUUUGUCCACUCACUAUGAAUGAGGACCUGCUCCAGGAUGACUUCUUGGAGCAGCAGGAAAACUGGUUGCCGGCCAACUUGGCCGAAAUUGAGAACCAGGAAGGCGAUACCCUUGAGGAGCAGAAUGGUACCUGCGAAGAAGCUGCCGCACAGAUAUGUUGUGGUGGAAGUACAGAAAGCAGCUCCAUUGGAAAUGAGUCCAUCAGGACCAGCACUCACGGCCUUGAAUCAAAUGGCAGCUUGGCCAGAAAUCCUGAUGGGCAGGACAGAUCUGUAGGUGGCAGUGGUAGCAGCAGCAGCUGCAGCAGCGAGCUGCUUUGUUGGAACCAAAGUAGUAAUAGAAAGCUGAAGCUGCUGAUCCAGGAAAUGAAACAAUAUCUCCCUGCAGAGCAGGUGGAGAGUUGCAGCAAGGCCAGCACCCUCUGUGCCCUGAACUACGCUCUCAAGUGUGUCCAGCAGAUCCAAGCUGACAACAAAGUUUCUAAGGCUUUUGGUGAGCAUGGAGCACAUCAGACGAAUGCCCCUGUGUAUGGAGUGGAAGAGCUAGCAGCCAUCAUGUCUGAGCACAGCCCCAAAAACACAGACACCUUUGUAGCCGUCUUUUCAUUGCACUCCGGGCGGACAGUGCAUGUCUCUGAGCAAGCCGCCUCUGUCCUGAAUUGCAAAAGGAAAUGCUUGAAGUCCUGCCGCUUUGCAGAGCUGUUGGCUCCUCAGGAUGUGGGUGUUUUCUACACUCACACCAACCAGGCUCACCUGCCGCUUUGGAACACGGAGGCCCCAAAAGAUUCACUUUACGAAUAUGCACAAGUGAAGUCCUUUUUCUGCAGACUAAGGGGAGGCAAAGGUCAAGACCAAGAGAAGCACUACUACCCAUUCCGGAUGACCCCUUAUUUGAUCAACUUCUCUGUCUCUGACCCCAGUGGGCCGAUGUCUUGUUGCUUGGCUCUAGCUGAAAAAAUCCACUCUGGCUAUGAAGCUCCUCGAAUUCCUGUAGAAAAGAGGAUCUUCACCACCACUCACACCCCAGGCUGUCUCUUUCUGGAGGUGGAUGACAGGGCAGUGCCUCUGUUGGGAUACCUGCCCCAGGAUUUGCAUGGGACGUCCAUCUUGCAGUACCUUCACCCGGACGAUCGACCCAUCAUGGUAGCCAUUCAUCGUAAAGUUCUAAAGUUUGCGGGCCGCCCUCCCUUUGAGCACUCGCCCAUCCGAUUUUGUACUCAGAACGGGGACUACGUCAUCCUGGAUACCAGCUGGUCCAGUUUUGUGAAUCCGUGGAGCCGGAAGGUCAUCUUCAUCAUUGGGCGGCACAAAGUCCGAACGAGCCCUCUGAAUGAAGAUGUCUUUGCAGCAAGAAGCAAGGGGAUGAACAGGGUUGACAAGGAGAUCUGGGAGCUCCAAGGACAGAUCUAUAAGCUGCAUCUGCAACCUGUUUGUAGCAACAGUUCUAGCGGUUACGGAAGCCUUAUUAGCAAUGGAUCUUAUGAGCACUACAUCAGUGUGGCGUCUUCCAGUGACUCCAAUGGGAACUGUGCGGAGGAAAUACAGAGAGAACUGAUGUCCUUACAGCAGAUCUUUGUGGAUGCCAACAGACUCAAGAAUGUGGGUCAGCGGCUGUACAUUGAAUCACACAGAAAGCCUCAAGAGGGGACUCCCAGGGCAGAGCAGCCAGGAGACAAAAAGCCAGGUGCUCCCCCUUCGACUCUCAUUGACCCACCAGCUGAAUCUUGUGAUGCUUUGAGAAGCACCAACCACAUCCUGUCCUAUCAGCAAAUUAACUGUAUGGACAGCAUCAUCAGAUACCUGGAGAGUUGCAACAGUCCAGCCCUGAAAAGGAAGUGCGAGUCCUCUACCAAUGCAUCCUCUUCGUCCUCCGAUGACGACAGGCAAGCUCAGCUAAGCCAGAAUGACAAGCAAAUCUUGGAAGAUGCUGCCAAGCUGCCCUUGGUUGAUUCCCAGCCACCUGUGAUGCCCAAGCUGGAAGGCGACGUAGAGCAGCAGGCCCCAGCGAGGGUGGUGGGCGGCACUGCUGCAAUGACUGACCUGGCGCUGACUGCCAAAGCAUUGAGCGUGGUGUCCACAACCAGCCAGUGCAGCUACAGCAGCACCCUGGUCCACUUCCCACACCCAGAGUCAGAAGCCACGGCGCUCGAAGAAGCCACUCUGCAAGGUGAACAGGUGGAGCCAUCGCUGGCCAACCCCACACCCAGCGCAGCUGGGGCUGGAGCCACCCUGGAGGAAGUCAGGCUAGUGGGGCUGACCAAAGAGGUCUUGUCAGCUCACACGCAGAAGAAGGAGCAGGAAUAUGUGGACCGCUUCCGCCAGAGGGCCCUGUUGUCCUCAUACCGGCCAGCCUACCUCCAGCAUGGAGGGGCCAGGAGCAGCCAGCCUCGUUCCCAGGACCAAGAUGAUGUCUCUCCAAAGCAGACCAGGCCAGUGGGCUGGAAAAGGAAGACCAAGCCGGGGAAGUUCAAGCGCCAAAAACCACUGGGCUCCCCCGACAGCAGGAGUGGUGCUUGGAAGGCAGACACUUCCCAGGGACCCAACCCUGGGGCCCCGAGCUUCGCCCUCCCUGCCGAUCCUUAUGCAGCAACGCCUGGUUUCCCUGUCGCCUCUCUGGGAGGAGGCCCUGUCUUGCCGCCUUCUGCCACUGCAGCAGCCCCAGCCACCCCACCUUACCUGCCCUGCAGCAUCCAGCCCCUCCCAGCAUUCCGGGAAGCAUACAUGGGCGGCUUCAUGACUGUCCUCUUUCAGAAUUUCCCAGCAUAUCCUCCACAGCCGCCGCCACCACCACCUCUUUUCCCCCCUCCGCCUUCCUUCUCUGCGCAGCUCUUCCCCUGCCCCUCUGCUGCUUCCUACCUCUGCCCUGUGAUGCCCCCGGGCCCUCCUUCCGCUCUCCCCAUGGCAGCGCCAGGCCCCAUGGAGCACCCUUCACCCCCCUCCACCCCAGUGUCUGCUGCCGAGGAAGAGCAGCCUGCAUCGUCGGCGGACCCGCCCCACCAGAGGCUCUUCAGCAACUCCCGGAGCAGCUCCCCUCUGCAGCUGGACCUGCUUCAAGAAGAGCUGCCCAAACCACUGGAGCUGCCCAGCGCAGCACAGGCCCCCCUGGCAGGCACAGGGGCCAUGUGUGAACAAUGCAGCGUGAACAAUGACAGCCACUCCAUCUCCAGUGAGCUCUUCGACCUUUUGCUACUGGAAGAUUCCCAGUCUGGAAGUAGCUCAGCAGCCUCUGGCAGUGGGUCUGCCGAGUCCAGCUCCUUGGUCUCUGGGUCCAACGGUUCCAGCUCCAAUGAAACAUCUGGUUGUGGCACAGGCAGCAGAAACAGCAGCAAAUACUUUGCCAGAAGUGAUUCCUCCGAGGUCUCAAAAAGGGGGAAGAACAGCCAAGAAGGAGGAGAAGAGGCGGAACGGCCACUGCGGCCAGCCAGGUUGGUGUGGAGGACAGUGAAUAGGUUGCCUGAACCAAUCCAGAUGACCUACCGAAUGCCAAAGCGAAUUGCAGAGGAGGUGCUGAAAGAGGACCUGGAGAAGCUGGCCACCAUGGAGAGCAAGCAGCCCUGUUUCUCGGAAGGGCAGAAGGAGGAGCUGGCAGAGGUCCAUCCCUGGAUUCGCACACAGACUGUCCCCCAAGAAAUUGACACCCAAGGCUGCAUCAUGUGUGACAACAGGAACGCCGGACUGAAUGUCAUUGCUGGGCUGGAGGACAGAGAUCCUCAAGAGGAGGACAGCAAGGACCUCCUUGAUGAGACACUGCUGCUUCCACCACAGGCACCGCCCUAGAGAAGUCGGCCCUUCCUGUGCACUUGACCCGGCUCAUCUUUCCCUCUGGCUGUCCAAAAUGCUGCUUCCAAAGGCUCACCCAUCACACCACUCCAAAAUUUCUGAAAUUAUGGCAACUAAUAGUUGGUUCUUGUUUUUAGACGAAGCGGCAAGGGCCCCUCUAUAAAUGACCAGUUGGUCCCCAAAAUCCAUGAGUAAGUCAGGUGCGCCUGUGCUCAUUACACACACAAAGCUUCCCCAUUGGAGCUGGAUUAAUGCCUGGAGUUCAUCUGGCCAGAUCUCGUCCAGUCCUUCCCUUUCAUGGCAGAGAGCCAGAUUUUCCUCUCUCCCACCCCUGGAGGGCCACCCACCUGUCAAUCACCUUAUGUCAUCGUGGCGUCAGGGGGUGCUUUUCUGUUUGACGCCAACUGCUGGACUUUCAGGCAGCUCUUUGUAGGCGAUGCUCCUCUCCUGCCACUACUUUGGUUGAAUCAAUUUUGGCCCCCCAAGGAAUAUAUUAGGGUUAUCGUCGUUGAGGGCUGUCAGUUUUUCAGAAGUAGAAAUAGCAGCAUUUUAAACUGACAAAACACCUCCUGGAGUUCCCUUAUUUCUGCCUUUGAAUUACACCCAGGAUCUGCCUUCUCUUGGCUUGGUGUAGUGCCUGGCAGUUAGCCAGGAAAGGAAGAGAGAGUUAUUUUCCCCCUCCUUGGGAACCACUUUUUUAAAAGAAGAAGUUUUCACCAACUAAGUUUUCUUCAGAGUAGACCCAUUAAUGCACCUAACGUAGCCAGGGCAUUUUAACUUCUGUGGACCUACUCUGAGUAGGACUCAUGUGCUACAACCCAGUAUAUAUAAUGUUGAUGCUGCUGAUAGAGACCAUAUCACCUGCAGCAGCUCAGGAGGAUUUGCUCUAGGAAUGGGACACACACACACACACACACACACCCCAUUGCAAGCCACAAUGUAGAAUGUAUAGUUCCAAUUAGUUAUCAGUGGGAUUUAUAAACUGGCUUUGGGUCAACAAACUUGUUUGUAUCAUA